AAAUAAAUAAAUAAGUAAAAUAAAACAACUCGUUAACCGUGAACAGAACCGGAGCCUGUCACGGACAAACUGCGUAAGCGCUCUGACGUCAGCAGGUCAUCAUGGAGGAAUAUGCCCGUGAACCGUGUCCAUGGAGGAUAGUUGAUGACUGUGGCGGUGCUUUUACCAUGGGGGCCAUUGGAGGAGGGGUGUUCCAGUCUGUUAAAGGCUUUCGAAACGCACCUGUGGGUGUUCGACACAGGCUUAGGGGGAGCGCUAAUGCUGUGAGAGUAAGAGCACCACAAAUUGGAGGUAGUUUUGCUGUAUGGGGUGGCCUCUUUUCCACCAUAGACUGUGGUCUGGUGCACUUGCGGGGUAAAGAAGACCCUUGGAACUCCAUCACCAGUGGAGCCAUGACUGGAGCCAUACUGGCUGCUCGCAGUGGUCCGCUAGCCAUGGUGGGCUCUGCAAUGAUGGGGGGGAUCCUUCUUGCCCUAAUCGAGGGAAUUGGGAUACUUCUUACGAGAUACACAGCACAGCAGUUUCAGAAUCCGAGUCCUUUUGUGGAGGACCCGAGUCAGCUUCCCCCAAAAGAAGGCCAAGAGACACGCGGAUAUGGACAGUAUCAGUAAAAUCACUUUUGCAGUGGUAACUGUAAUAUCAUAGACUGUGAAAAAAAGAGGAUUGUUAGGAGUUUAGGACCCUUAUCAUAGUUUACAGUCCCACUCUUAGACAGGGGGAUCCUCCUGAACCUCUCAUCCUCCAUUAGAUGGCCACUCAGGGGCAAGCAGUAUGCCAUUUGUAUUAUGUAUGAAUGUAUUUUGUCAUGUUAAAAGGGGAAAGAUUUUCACCAAGCAUACUGAGGCAGAACUCAAUCUACAUUUUUUUCAUACUGGCCUGUUUGAACAUACUAAUACAAAAAUACUGUAUAUGUAGCUAACUAGAUCAUGCAGAGAAACUUUUACACUUUUACACAUAA